CACGCUUUCGUGCCUCCUGCCCCUUGUGGUUCACAAGGCACCGAGCAGCAGUUGGUGGCUUGGGUGCCCAAAGCCACACACGCAUCGUGCAGUUGGUUCGGGGGGCCCCAGGUGUCAGCGCCACGCCACUCCCUGCCGUGUCUCCUCGGCGCUCGGAGUGAGCCAUAGGCGCGCCGGCAAGCGAUGGCCUCGCCGGCGGCGGCGACGCGGCACCCUUACCCCACCGUCCUCGCCUCUGCCCCACGCCGCCGGCUCCGACUCCGCCGCCGCGGUCAUUCACCUUCGAAACUGAGUUAUCAAAGCUUGGCUUCGCGGUUAAAGGUUAAUGCACUUUUUGGGUGGCUGAGGGGAGACACAACAACAUGUGAAUUGAUCCCUCCUGCUGAAUCAUAUACGCUCACAGGAUCGGCCUCAGAGGUAGGUACAAAACCACGUGAGGUGUCUAUUUCUGUUGUUUCUUCUAUCAUGGACAUCCGUGCUGCGGAUUGGGAUGCCUGUGCGUGUGAUCCAGCUGAUCCUGAAAAGUUUAACCCUUUUCUUACCCAUGCAUUCCUCUCAAGCUUAGAAGAAUCAGGUUCUGCAGUGAAGGAAACAGGUUGGUUACCUUUCCAUGUCGUUGCACGGGAUGAGGAUAAAAAUAUUAUAGGUGUUGUUCCGCUUUACCUUAAAAGCCAUUCUAGGGGAGAGUUUGUAUUUGAUAAUUCAUGGGCAGAAGCUUACUACAGCUAUGGCCUUGAAUACUAUCCGAAGCUACAGUCGUGCGUGCCUUUUACUCCAGUAACGGGUCAAAGAAUAUUACUUCGAAAUACAUCGUACCAGGAUCAUGUUUUUUAUGCGUUAGUCAAAGCUUUGAAGAGCCUGACUUCCAAGAUGAGCGUGUCAUCAUUACAUAUUACUUUUCCGUCCGAAGGUGAAUUCAGCAAAUUGAAGGAUAGUGGGUUGCUGCAAAGAAUUGGGAUGCAGUAUCACUGGAGAAAUCGAAAUUACAAAAGUUUUGAUGAGUUUCUGAUGGAUUUGAAGCAGCCCAAACGGAAGAAUAUCAGACAAGAACGCAAAAAGAUUACUGCUCAAAAUUUGAAAAUGAAGCGACUUCGUGGAGAUGAAAUAAAGAGCAGCCAUUGGGACACCUUCUAUAACUUCUACCGUAACACAACUGAUAAUCACUGGGGCAGACCAUACUUGACGCGGAAAUUCUUUCACCUCUUGGGAGAAAAGAUGGGGGACAAGGUGAUGCUUAUUGUUGCUGAACAUGACGAUAAACUUGUUGCUGGAGCGCUUAACCUUAUUGGAGGUGAUACAUUGUUUGGUCGCUUAUGGGGAUGCCUGCCAGAUGCUUAUUUCCCCAAUUUGCAUUUUGAAGCUUGCUAUUAUCAGGCAAUUGAAGCAGCCAUAGAGUUAAACCUGAGUAAGGUGGAGGCAGGUGCUCAGGGAGAGCACAAGAUCCAGCGUGGUUACCUCCCAGUGACAACUUACAGCUGCCACUACUUUUCAGAUCCUGGUUUUGCGGCAGCUAUUGGAAAUUUUCUUGCCCAUGAGACAGCUCAGGUUAAGCAUGUUAUUAAGGUCCUGCAUGAUUCGGGUCCAUACAAGGAAGACAUACUGAAAGAAUUUGCAGCUCAGCAAGACGAUGGCAUGUAAAACACUGAAGGGACUUGCUGCUUUGCAUAUUGUAUCAUAGAACUAGAAUCUUGCGUAGCACUAGGAAUACGGGCGAUCCCAUUCCCGUGCCUCCACAAGGAGCUGAUAUUUGUUGAAGUCUACGAACCUCACAUUUGUACAUUGCUAGGAAUGUAAAUAUUUAACAUUUAAACCUAAAAUCGUGGGCUUGAAAAGUCACAUCUGAACUCAGGCAUUCUAGUAUA